AUGUCAAGCAUAAAUUAUACGACGCGCACUGAGGGUCAGACGAAAAUAAACACUAUAAUAUGGACGGUUCCAAAUUUCAUAUCGCUCUUGGACAACAAGGCAACCAGAGAAUUUCGUACUGCAAAAUCUGAAGACCCGACGGUAGAUGCACUGGACUCACGCUUUCAGUUAAAAAUGCAAUUCUUGGGAAGAGACAACGACAUCAUAGAGAUUUACUUUUUGUCUCCCAAUCCAGUGUUUUUGAAGUCUAUUUUAACAAUAUGUUUGAAGCGUUUCGAGGAGCGAUCGAUAGUUAUUAAAGAAUAUCAUACAGUUCAAGCGAAUAAGUGGCAGUAUUUGGCUACAUUAUUCAAACGAGACAUUGCCAGUUAUGAUGGCAGAGACAAUAUAUUCCUGCUAAGUGAUGGUAGUCUAAGGUUGAAAUUUCAAUUUAUGGUAUCUAAUGAUAUAAAAGUCGAUCGUUCUAAUGUACCUGAGGCCCAACUUAGUAACGAUUUCGAAAACUUACUCAAUAAUGGGAUAUUUUCUGAUGUGACAAUGAAAUCUGCAGAGCAAAUAGAAUACAAAGUACACAAAGCUGUUUUGGCUAGUAGAAGUGCUGUCUUGAAGGCUCAUUUUGAACACAACACAACUGAAUGCACAACUAACAUUGUUGAGUCACCUCUGGAGUCUGAAGUGCUGAGGGAUGUCCUUAACUUUAUUUAUACUGAUAAAGCUCCAAGAGUUGAUGAGAUGCCUGAGAAGUUGCUAGCUGCUGCUGACUAUUACCAGCUCAGCAGAUUGAAAAGUUUAUGUGAGGAAGCUCUCCAUAAGAAAUUGACAGUAGAAAAUGCAAUAGAAACUUUGCAAUUGGCAGAUCUACACUCUGCUACUGCUUUGAAACAGUUGACUUUGGAGUUUAUAAAGGAUGGCCAAGCAAAACUAAUCACAAAAACUGAAGGAUGGGCCAAUGUCAAAUCUGUAGAACUUAUUAAGAGAAUUUAUGAAUAUAUAAUGGCUGAUGAUUACGAUACCGAACUCAAACAAUCACUGACAUAG